AUGACAGAAAAAAUAUUACAUACAAAAUCUUUUAAAAAUUUUUUUGGAAUUUCUCCUACUACUGACCAUACUUAUGUUCAUCUUGAUUUUAAGAUUUACGAUUCGUCUAAAAUAGUUCCAGCUUAGCUUGAAGAGACAAAAAUAUAUUGUUCCUUUAGGACAUGUAUAUGGGAUUAUUCCAAUGAAUGGGAGGACAAAUUAACAGGAAUUAGAUUUAUAAAAUAUGGAAAUUAAUAAUGGGAUACAAAACUUAUUGGUGAUUAGGCUUUAUCUGAUAUAGGAUGUGCUUUAGCUAAAUACUCUAAACUAAAAAAAUUAUUACUCAAUCUUAAUUCAAAUGAAGUUGGUCACUACGGGACAUAAGAUUUACUUAUUGAAUUAGCUAAUUGUGCUCAUCUUACUACUUUAAUUCUUGACUUAGGGUCUAAUAAAGUUAGGAACUAAGGUUUAAUACGCUUGUGCUCUGCUUUACCAAACUGUUCUAAUCUUUCAACAAUAUCAAUUAAUUUAAGGGAUAACUAUAUUGGGGAUGAGAGUAUGUCAAGCUUCAAUUAUUUAGCAAAACUAAAUAAUUUAUCAAAUUUGACUAUUAAUCUUGAUAAAAACUAAAUUGGAUCGAUCGGUUAUGAGAAUUUGAUUUGUGCUAUUUAUUAAUGUAGUCUCCAAUUUCUAACACUUUCAUUAUGUAAUAAUAAAAUAGGAAAAUAGGCUUUUACAGAUUUCUAACAUGAAUUAUCAAAUAAUUUAAUUGUUGAGCACAUUAAUCUGUCUUUACUAAAUAACUGUAUAAAUGAAGAAGGGUUGAUAAAAAUAGGUAAGGGUUUAUCUUAAUUCAAGUAGCUUUCUAGUUUAACUCUCGAUAUCAAGUAUUAUUAUAGCUAUAAAGCUUUUUCUGGAUUAUGUACUAUUUUAGCUGAUUGCUCAAAUCUUAGAUUUUUAAAGCUAUUUUUAUGGUAUCCUGAUAAUGAAUAGUUUGAGCUUUUUAGUUCCAUAGGAAAAUUAGUCAGUAUAUCAGAACUUGAAUUAAAUUUAGAAUGUUUAUAAAUAAAUGAUUCUGAUAUCUCAUAUCUUGGUUUUGUCAUAUAGAAACUAUCAAAACUUUAAAAUUUAGGACUUUAUCUAAAAGGAAAUAUUAUUGGAGAGGAAGGAGUAAUAAGUUUAUGUGAGUCUUUAGCAUAAUGUAGUAAACUAUCAAGACUAGCUCUUGAUCUUGAAAAUAACAAAAUCAAUAGAAAUUCAGUAUAAUUGUUAAGUUCUAAGUUAACUGAUUUAAAUAAUUUGUCAACCUUAUAAAUAUGUAUUGACAAUAACACAUUGCAUGUACUUAAUACUUUGAUUAACUGUAAUCACUUCUCAACUUUAGCUAUUAAAGGAGGAUAUUCACUUUUAUAAAAUGAAUCUUUAUUAUCUAAUUUGAAAUUCAAAAACAACAAUCUGAGAGUUUUGAUAUUUGAUAUUUAAUAUUAAUCGAGUAUAAAUCAUGAUGCUUUAAAAUUUAAGCUUUACAAAUUGAAGAGAGCAGUUCAUAUAAAAUUUAAACAAUGA